AUGUUUUCGACGAUCAUCGACAAGGAUCCUGGACUCUCGAAUAUCGAAAAACUGCAGCACCUGCGCUCCUGCCUCAAGGAUGCGGCCCUCGACACCAUAAAAUCACUGGAAAUCUCUGACAGCAACUACCAUAAAACGCCAGAGCCUGAAGAUCGAAUUGAUGAUCUUCUGCAGCGAUUUUGGGAAUUAGAAUCCUGUCCUUUGGAAAGCUCGAAAUUCACCAAAGAAGAAACGGAAUGCGAGGACCAUUUCCAAAACACCUUCUUGCGACUACCCACUGGUGAAUAUGAAGUUCAGCUACCGAAAACUGGAAAAAUCGAUGGACUUGGAGAGUCAUACCAGCAAGCAUUUCGCCGUUUUCUCAGCCUGGAGCGGAAACUGGAACGCCGUCCUUAUGUCAAGGAACAAUACUCGAACUUUAUAAAGGAGUAUCUGGAACUCAACCAUAUGUCGCUUGUACCUCCGGAUGAUAGAAUGCACUGCAGAUUCUUCCUCCCGCAUCAUUGCGUCUUUAAGGAAGAUAGCACGACCACCAAACUACGUGUCGUAUUUGAUGGAUCAGCAGCUUCAUCAUCUGGAAUUUCGCUGAAUGACGUGUUGAUGGCAGGACCUACCAUACAGGCUAAGCUCUUCAAUAUUCUAAUCCGUUUUCGUACCUUUGCAGUUGCUCUGACUGGAGAUAUUGGAAAAAUGUAUCGCUGUGUUCGAAUAGCCAAGUCAGACAGCUAUUUGCAAUGCAUUCUUUGGCGCGGUUCUGAUCAGGAUGACAUCAGCAUCUACAAGUUGGACACCGUAACAUACGGUACCAAACCCGCCGCUUUUCUAUCAGUUCGAGCGAUGCAUCAGUUGGCCAUGGAUGAGCAGUCGAAGUACCCUGUAGGAUCUCAAAUCGUCAGACGUGAUUUUUAUGUUGAUGACUUGAUCACGGGAGGCAGUUCCAUUGAAGAAGUCGAGGAGAUUCUUCAGCAAACAAAGGACUUGCUAGCGAAAGGUCACUUCAUGCUUCGAAAGUGGUGCUCUAAUGUCCCAGUCGUUCUCGAAAAGGUUCCAGAAGAUGAGAAAGAAUCUUUCCUGAAGUUUCAUGAUGGAAGCGACAUAACCAAAACUCUCGGAUUGGCUUGGGAUCCUGCAUCAGACGUCCUUCUUUUCUCGUACUUGCCUACGCAGUCCACGACCAAGCCAAACAAACGUGCUGUGCUCUCGUCAAUAUCCCGAUUUUAUGACCCGCUUGGCCUCAUAAGCCCGGUUAUAACUAAAGCCAAAAUCUUCCUACAGGAGCUCUGGAAAGAGAAGCUACACUGGGAUGAAAGCUUGCCCGAAUCUCUAAGCUCAACCUGGUCCAAUAUAUGCCUUCAGUUUCGCAGCGUAGAAAGGACGACAUUUCCCCGAUUCGCACUACUACCAAAGGGAUCAAUCGAGAUUCAUGGGUUUUGCGAUGCUAGCAUGUCCGCCUAUGGAGCAUGCGUGUAUAUUGUAUCCAGAUCUGCUGACAAAUCCAAUGCUCAACUAUUGUGCGCCAAGUCUCGGGUAGCUCCCUUAAAGACUCUGUCGAUUCCGAAGCUUGAACUAUGCGGAGCGCUUCUGUUGGCCAAUCUUCUGACCCUCAGACGCUUCAUUGCAACAAGAGGUCGUCCCAAAUGCAUUUGGUCUGAUAAUGCUACCAACUUUACUGGAGCCAAGAACGAGCUUGCCGAACUUCGUCGUUUAUUCCUAGCUGAGGACCAUUUGAAGGCAAUCGAGAGCUUCUGUCUAGCUGACUCCAUCGAAUGGAAAUUCAUUCCACCCAGAUCGCCUCACUUUGGAGGCCUGUGGGAGGCCUCAGUUAAGACAGCCAAGCAUCAUCUUUAUCGGACUAUUUCGCAAUCCACACUCGGAUUUGAUGAGCUGCGCACCAUCAUUUGCAUGAUCUCAGCCAUCAUCAACUCUAGACCGCUGCUGCCCCUAUCAGAGGAUCCAGCAGACCUUGAUGUCCUGACUCCGGCACAUUUUUUAACUGGCGGUCCUGCUACCAGUUUCUGCGAACCAGAUCUCUCUAACCUAAAUGUCAACCGACUUGAUCGUUGGCAGAAAAUGUCUUAUUUGCAGGAAACCUUUUUGGAAACGCUGGCGUGA